AUGCCUGUCUUCAAUGUCACCCUCAAAGCUGAUGCCCCUCCGGAGGAACUCCAAAAGGCAAAGGAGACUGCCCAGGAAAAGGGCGGCGUCAUCCAACACGAAUACAGCCUGAUCAAGGGAUUCACGGUCGCAUUCCCCGAUGACCACGUGGAUACACUCGAGUCGACCGAACACAUCCACGUCGAGCAAGAUGGUGCUGUCAAUGCCAACUAG